ACUCUGUACAUUCUCAUUCGCAGCAUGCAUUCUGCCAGCGCGAUCAACCGUUCUGCAUGCAUUUGUUUAAACAGGCCUCGACAGACGUUGCUUCCCUUCUCAGGGUGUACCUGGGUCGACACACGCAUGCUCUCGCUUAUCGUCGUCGCCCUAUUCCUCUCCCAGGCAAUCGUUGCCGCGAGUUUCUCUCGUCCCCCUCCUGAAAUCCGUGGUCUCAAACUCAAGAGAGAACUGACUGAGAUCCCGACGACCUGUCAAGCCGGAUGUGCGCCUUUCGGGCCAUUUCUCACCGGUGCUUCUUGCUCGGUGACUCAAUGCUGCUUGUCUGCAUUCCAGAAGGGUUACUUUAACUGCUUUACGUGUGCCGGCACUGCGGUCAACGCAACGGACUAUACUCUUGCUCAGGAAUACGUCGACGUGCUGACAACGUCUUGCAUCGGUGAAGGCAUGGCUUUGCCCGUGUUGACUUUUCCCGGACAAGAUCAGAAUCGUGCCCUAGCUACUGCUUUGCCACCGGAUGCGUCCGCUGUCCCAGUGUUUGCUUCUGCCGCUGUCCCAACUUCAACUGCUCCGGUCCCAGCGGUACCCAGUCCGAGCAAAAGCAGCGCUGCUGGUCGCAAUCUGAAGGUCUCAGUCACAGUCGUAGGGUCGCUGGGUUUAUUGAGACUUUUCUUGUGAUUCCCGGUACAUCGGUUUUUAUACUUCAAUAUGUGGAGUUUCACAGUUCCAAACGAUCAUACGUUCAAAGACUUCUGCUGCCUUUUAUUGGUCUCCAUGGCAAACGCACGCUCCAUGGCUUUCAACCGUUCCAAUCUUUCUCCCUCCAGGUCUGUGCUGUUUUCACGCGCAAUUCCUUUGCCGUCAUCUCUCAGCUUGAAACCCUUCUUGAGCUUCAUCAUGCCAACAUAGCCCACUUCACUGACACCCCGCACGACCCGAUCCGCGUGUCGCUGGGCAGCUGUCAUAUGCACCAGUACAUGGGCCGGAGGGCCUUGGCGCGCUCGACGGAUGGUACAGGGUAAGAUUUCCCCAGCCCGCUCCCUGACCCGUUCUCGUGUCUUAUUUGCGAUCUUUGCACGACGCGCGGAGCGUAAAGUAUCCCGUAAUUCUGCGGUGACGGGCAUCUUCACCCGGUCGUAAUCGCGCUGUAGACUGGCUUGC